CCCCUUUCUCUUCUAUUUCCCAGCUCAAUUGGCUGUCUAGACGACGACAAUGCUGUACAGAACCUCUGCUGCCCGCUCUGUCCUCAGGGCCAUCUCGAGCGCCAAUGGCUCGGUCACCCGCUCGGCCCUGUCCAACAAGGUGUUCAAGGCUCCCUUGACCUCCUCCGCUUGUUAUCCCGCUCGCCCGACCUCCUCCCCCAGCCUCUCUCUGGCUACCCGCAAGCCCGUCACCACCGCUCUCGUCCGCUAUGCGUCCACGUCGUCCAAGGACGGUGAGGAGGAUGUUGACAUGAUGGCUGGUAUCAAGACCGAGGCUAAAGUCAUCAAGGACACCUUCAGCCUGGCUGAUGUCCCCAAGGAGGCUCUCGCCCUCGGAAUGGCCGGUGUCAUCCCCUACGUUGCUACCUCCCUCCAGACCGUCUACCUGUCCUGGGAGAUCAAGAACGCUGCCAUUGCUGGUGAUGGCCUCAUCUUCUCCGGUCAGAGCGCCGAGCUGAUGCUUCACAUGCUCGAGCCCAUCCAGGUCGGCUACGGUGCUGUGAUCCUGUCCUUCCUCGGAGCCAUCCACUGGGGUCUCGAGUGGGCCGGAUACGGCGGCAAGCUCGGCUACAAGCGCUACGCGGCCGGUGUUAUCGCGCCCGCUGUGGCCUGGCCUACUCUGCUGCUCCCCGUUGAGUACGCCCUGAUCACCCAGUUCCUCGCCUUCACCUUCCUGUACUACAACGACGCCCUCGCCGCCACCCGCGGCCGCGCCCCUGCCUGGUACAGCAUGUACCGCUUCGUCCUGACCUUCAUUGUCGGCGCCAGCAUUGUCGCCACCCUGGUUGGCCGGGAGCAGAUCUCCGGUGUCCUGACCAGCGAGCACACCAUCAAGGACAAGAUCAGCGCUCUGAUCUUCCUGCAGAAGAAGGAGAAGGAGGAGGUCGAGGCCCGUCGCCGUGCCGAGAUCGAGGAUGUCGAGUAAGGGACACGCACACAUCCGCCACCCACAAGGAGAGAGUUCAAGAGUUAGAGAGGGAGUCUGCGGCAGCAGAGGGGGGAGGGGAGUGGAGUGUGACAGUAGAAAUCACGUCGUCGAUUACUUAGGUUAUAUUGGUUGGUUGAGUUUCUUGUAGAUUACCAGUACAUGCGCGAUCAACAAACCCAGCCCGACGCUGGAUCUUUCAUUUGUC